AUGUCGGAGCAAUCAGAAGAUACAGAAGACAUUAAACCUACCAUCUCGUCACCCGACGACUGUAUGGAGUCAGAUCCGAUCAAGGAGGUACGGCAGGGAACUUUGCGGGAUACGGUACUGACUCUAUAAUUUUGAACCUAGAAUCUGCCGCGAAACUUGCUCCAACUGUCUAGCCGUAUUAAAUCAUGCUAAGCAUUCAGAUAAACUUCCUGCUGGCGAGCAGCAAGAAUAUGAAAAUCGAAGAGACGCCCGUGUUCAACAUCAGACUCAUCGCAGAAGUCAAGUCCCGCCCAUUUCUGUACGAUCAGUCCGACGAAGGAUACAAUCUUCUCUCGUGGCGUAACUCUGCAUGGAAUGAAAUAUCCGAGAAUCUCGAGACAACACGUAAGAAUUGAGAUUCUCGUUGCAGUUCUGAAAACAAUAUUCCAGCUGAACAUGUAAAAACACGGUGGAAGACUCUGAGAGACAGAUACAAAAAGGAGGAAAAGAAGGAAAGAGUGUCGAAGAAACCAUCAAGCUGGGUAUUUCAGAGACCACUGAAGUUCAUCCAGGCCCAUCUGAAAGACCGACAGUGAGUUUAUGGCAAUCAAUUUCGAGCCAAAUGAAAGCAUUUCAGUACUGACGAAACAGACUCGAAUCCGUCCGAGCCGCCGUCGAAACAAGAAACGAGUGGAGCAGGGCACGUGUCUCCUAUGGAGGCGGCCAUGUCUUUCAUUGAAAACGAGCUCAUCAGAACUCAAGAGAACAACUCGUCGACGUCUUCUGCUUCCGCCGAUGCUGAAUCCAGUUCUGUCUCGACAGCUUCCAGUGCUUCCAGUUCGAAGAACGCGAAUGCACCAGAAGGAUCCGAAGGGACUGCCGUAGUGACACCACCGCCUCUUCCGAUCCCAAUGGCUGUGACGCCUUCUCCAUCGGCGGCGUCUUCCAGCAACGGUGCUCCUCCCGUUAAAAAAAGCAGAGUUUCCUUGACAGAAGGAUUGACUCCAGCGUAAGUCAGCCUCGACUCUUUCCUUUUCGGGGCUGUCGAACUGUUCCGACCUCGUGGGAAAGACGGCAAACAAACAAGCAAACAUUGAGUGAAAAUAGUUAGAAAUGCGUCUGCGUCUCGUCUCGUUGAACAAGCGACAAAAACGAGAACGUAUAUCAAAAAUUUGUAGACUGUUCUAAUUUCAGAGCAUCUCGAAACGCCGCCGCAGCAGCCGCAGCCAGCCUCGGACUCAACUUCUUCCCGGGUCUUCCGCAGUGGGGAGCAUCUCGUGAAGAAGAGGAAGACGAGAUUUUUGCUCGGAUGGUGUCGAUCAAGCUGAGCAAGUUGGAUGCUCGCACCAAAGAAGUCGCAAAACUGCAAGUUCUGAAGGCGAUCUUCGAUGCGCAGUUCACUCAGCCUUAG